CCGGUUCAGAAGCUGGGGGAACUGGCUGCUUGUUGUUGGAGCGUUUGGAAGCUGCCAUUUUGAUCAGAAAUACUUUAGCGCGCACUAGAUGGUGUGAUCCACAUUCAGAGGAGAGGUCAGGAUACUCUAAGAUAGAGUUUUUAAGGCGAAAAUGCUUUCGGCAGCCCAGUUACUCGAUGAGUUGAUGGGCCGGGACAGAAACCUGGCCCCCGACGAGAAGCGCUGCAACGUACGAUGGGACCACGAGACCGUCUGUCGGUACUAUCUGUGUGGCUUCUGUCCAGCCGAGCUGUUCACAAACACCCGCUCGGACUUGGGUCCUUGUGAGAAGAUCCAUGAUGAAAACCUUAGGAAGAUGUAUGAGAAGAGCUCUCGCUUCAUGAAGGAGGGAUAUGAGCGGGAUUUCUUGCGGUACCUGCAGUCUCUCCUUGCUGAGGUUGAGAGGAGGAUUCGGAGAGGGCAUGCCCGCCUGGCCCUCUCCCAGGCUCAGCAGAAUGCAGGGGGUCCUGGUCCAUCAGGAAAGAAUGAAGAGAAGAUUCAGGUUCUGACUGAGAAGAUAGAAGACCUAGUUGUACAGAUUGAGGAGCUGGGUUCGGAGGGCCGUGUGGAGGAGGCUCAGGGCAUGAUGAAGCUGGUGGAGCAGCUGAAGGAGGAGAGGGAGCUGCUCAGCUCCACCCCCUCAACCAUUGAGAGCUUUGCAGCCCAGGAGAAGCAGAUGGAGGUGUGUGAAGUGUGUGGGGCGUUCCUCAUCGUAGGUGAUGCCCAGUCCCGUGUGGAUGACCACCUGAUGGGCAAACAGCACAUGGGCUAUGCUAAGAUCAAAUCCACUGUGGAGGAGCUCAAGGAAAAACUGCGUCGACGCUCAGAGGACCCACUGGGAGAAAACCCAGCGAGGAGAGACAGAGAAGACCGCGAGCGUGAGAGGGAGGAAAGGGAGAAGAGGCGCAGGGAGGAGGAGGAGAAGGAGAAAGAGAAGGAGCGAGAGCGGGAGAAAGAACGUGAGAAGGAGAGGGAGAGAGAACGGGAGCGGGAGCGGGAGAGGGAGAGAGACAGAGAACGGGACCGGGACAGAGAAAGAGACAGAGACAGAGAUAGAGACAGAGACAGAGAGAGGGAGAGGAGAGCACGGCGGAGCCACUCCAACAGCCGCCACUCAAGCCGGACAUCAGACAGGAAGAGGAGCAGAUCUCGUGAUCGCCGGAGGUCCAGGAGCAGGGACAGGGAGCGGGAACGUGAACGCAAACGCAGCAGGAGCCGGGAUAGGGACAGAGAGAGGAGGCGCAGCCGCGAGCGUUCUGACAGAAAGCGUCGCUCCCGCAGCCGUGAGAGGAAGAGGUCACGCAGCUCGGAGCGCAAAUCCCACCGCCAUCGGAGCCGCAGCAGGGACAGGGACAAGGAGAGAGACAGGGACAGAGAGCGAUCAUCUAGAGACAAAGACCGUAAGGCGACAGAGGAGAGGAGCAGCAGCAGCAGCUCUAAGAAAGACAAGCACUCUGAUGACGGCGACACGGCCGCCACCAAGGCCUCGUCGGAAGCAGAACCCAUGGAGACAGAGCCUGCUGGCUCUGCCUCCUCCCCCCUGCUAAACGGCCAGCAAGAGCUCCUCCAUUCUGAAGGUGACACUCAGUCCAAUUAAAACUGAUCUGAUAGGACCUCAGAUCAGGCUCAGGGGAAGCUGGGAUUUCUGGAGGAGGAAGAAUUGGAAGAGUGCACCUCACCCUUACCCUGAACCUGACACUUCGCUGCUUAAAAACAAGGUGAACCACAAGUAGUAGUGGCUUAUUUAAAAACAUGAACACAAUUAUGUAAAUGAGGAAAGGAAAAAAAAACAUCAAUUUUCAUGUUCCUUCACUUGUUUUAUCUUUUGGCUGGAUGGGUCUAGUUGUGGUUCAUCUGAUGUAUAUCUUAACUUGGUCUAAUGAUCAACUAGACAUGACCCUAAAUACCAAACGUAGAGCAAGUUCAUUAUUGUUUUUUUUUCCCUUUUUUUUUUUUUUUUUUUUACACAUUCUUCUUAUUUCUUGGCAUUUAGUGACAAUGAAUUAAAAACAGUUCUUGUGGCUUGUUUUGGUUUGUCAGGUUCCACUGCACUUCUUGACCUUGUUUCUUCUUGAAAAGUCAAUUGAAAGCGUAUGUACAAUGUUAGUCUGAUGUUAGGGCGUGUCUCUUUUUCUUCUCCACUUAGAGCUCACAUUUGAUUGCUCUUGUCCCCUUACUGUAAAAUAUUAUCAGUUAAUUUUUGAUGAAAAGAUUUUGAGGACUGACUGAAAGGUUGUUUUCAUUUUGCUCUGAUUUUAAUGCCCAUGUUUGUCUUGAUGAAUAAAAAAAAGUCAUAACUUGAA